CGGUCGUACGGAGGGGUCCGGCGCACAGGUGUGCCGCACAGGUGCCGCGGCCGCCAUGGAGCACAGCCGCGCCGUCCGCUGGCUCCCGCUGCUGGUGCUGGUGCUGGUGCUCUGGGCGGCACCAGCGUGGUGCACUGGUGACGAGCCUGCCGGGCAGGAGCGUGGCUGCGGGAAGGAGGCCCCAGCGUCGUUCGUCGGCCUGAGAGAGAGUUGUUCCUGUGACAUAGGAUGUGACGUCACGCAGAACCUGGUCUGUGAAGGCGGCGAGUGUAUCUGCCAGCCGGACAGCGUGGUCGUCAACCAGACAUGUCUGCUCAAGAGUCACUAUAACGAGACGUGCGGCGCCGACUCGCAGUGCGCCGACACCCACCAGGCGUGUGACCCUGCCGUGGGCCGCUGCCGCUGUCAGCCCGGCUACACCGAGACCGCCGACAGCCAGAGCUACCUGACGGCCAUCUGCCGACCCGCCGGAGAGCGUGGUCGUAUUGGCGACAACUGCACCACAGUAGCCGACUGCAACUGGCAGCUGGAGCACGCCAGCUGCCCGGCCAGUCAGCGCGUGUGCCAAUGCCAGCUGUUCUAUUACGGCGAGACCGGCGGACUCCAGUGCUGGGAACGUAAGUGGAGGCUGCCCUGGGGCUGGUGGAUCGCCGUCUGUCUGCUGUCGGCAGCCGUCAUUGUCAUCGGCCUGGCGCUCAUCAUCACCUGCGCCGUCAAAGAGUGCCUCAGGUCUCACCAGCGCAGUCGCGGCCGGGUAGCGGUUGUCACGGGUGACAUCAGGGACAACCAGCCGCCGCCUCCCUAUAUCGCCGUGGUGGGCACCAAGUCGGCGGCGUACGGCGCGUCUGACGGCCAGCAGAGUUACAUGGACAACUAUGGGUUCACGGCGUGUGACCUGGAGCCCUACUCCAAGAAGCAGCCGCUGUAGCAGUCUGCCAGUGUGGGGACGGAUUGCCGUCUGCAUAAGGCCAGUCAGUCAGAGGCGGACUGGUGCUUUAUUAGACCAGUCAGGGGUGUACUGCCACCCUCAUUGAAUCAGUCCGGAGAUGGACUCCGUGUGGUUAUUCUGUGUCUGUUGGGAAGAUGGUUAUAAAUCGUCCUCUACCGAGCUUAAUGCGAAGUGUCAUUAAUAGCAAUUCAGAUUCACUAUAGGAUUUUCUCAUCAAUUAGGGCCAAGAGGUGUGGAAAGCUAUGAACACCAGACCGUCAUAUUUGUCUCAUAUUUAAAUAUACGUACUGUCAAAUAUAUUCUAUUCAUGUA